AGCGCCCGCAAAGCAAUAGACGAACGCCGACCCGAGAGACGAAGGGCAGAAAAGGCAAGGAAAGGAGAGAGAGAGAGAGGAAAAAAACACCGGAGAGAGAGAGACAGCGAGGGGGGGUGUAGGGGUGGGCGUGGUCUGGGAUGGAGAACGAGACGUCGGACGCGCCGGCGGCCGCGGUCGUCGCCGAGCAGCUCCCCGCGGUGGCGGAGGAGGGGGACGGGGAGGCGGAGGCGGUGGGGUCCACCCUCACCAUGGAGCGCGUCGCCGCCGCGAAGAAGUUCAUCGAGAACCACUACCGCUCGCACAUGAAGAACAUCCAGGAGCGCAGGGAGAGGCGUGUUAGAUUGGAGAGACAGCUAGCUACUUCUGAAGUUCCCAGGGAGCAGCAAAUCAAUUUAAUUAAAGACCUGGAGAGAAAGGAAACUGAGUACAUGCGACUUAAAAGGCACAAAAUUUGUGUGGAUGACUUUGAGCUGCUAACCAUUAUUGGGAGAGGCGCUUUUGGAGAGGUCCGACUGUGUCGUGAGAAGACCUCUGGCAAUAUUUAUGCAAUGAAAAAACUAAAGAAAUCUGAUAUGGUUAUCAGGGGCCAAGUGGAACAUGUUAGAGCUGAAAGAAACUUGUUGGCUGAAGUUGCUAGUCACUGCAUUGUGAAGCUUUACUAUUCUUUUCAAGAUGCGGAGUACCUUUACCUUAUUAUGGAGUACCUCCCUGGUGGUGAUAUCAUGACCCUUCUCAUGAGAGAAGAUACCUUAACUGAACACGUGGCUCGAUUCUACAUUGCUGAGACCAUCCUUGCCAUUGAAUCCAUUCAUAAGCACAACUACAUCCACAGAGAUAUUAAGCCUGAUAAUCUGCUUCUUGAUAAGAAUGGUCACAUGAAGCUGUCAGAUUUUGGGCUGUGCAAGCCAAUUGAUUGUUCUAAGCUCUCAACCUUGAAUGAAGAUGAACCCAUGGGUGAUGACAACCUGAAGGAAUCAAUGGAUGUCGAUCGUUCUCUCUCUGAAACUACAAACGGUAGAAGGUGGAGAAGUCAACAUGAACAGCUUCAGCACUGGCAGAUGAACAGAAGAAAGCUGGCAUUCUCAACUGUUGGGACGCCAGACUAUAUUGCUCCGGAAGUUCUGCUAAAGAAGGGAUAUGGAAUGGAAUGCGAUUGGUGGUCUUUGGGUGCAAUCAUGUAUGAGAUGCUUGUUGGGUAUCCACCAUUUUAUUCUGAUGAUCCAAUAACCACAUGCAGAAAGAUUGUUCACUGGAGAAACCAUGUGAAAUUUCCCGAGGAUUCAAGGCUGUCUCCUGAAGCAAGAGAUCUCAUUUGCCGGUUAUUGUGUGAUGUUGAACACAGGAUUGGUGGUGCAGGGGCAGAUCAAAUAAAGGCCCAUCCUUGGUUCCAUGGGGUUGCAUGGGAUAAACUUUAUGAAAUGGAAGCAGCAUUUAAGCCUCAAGUAAAUGAUGAAUUGGAUACACAGAAUUUCAUGAAGUUUGACGAGAUGGAUAAUCCUCCAGCAAGAACAGGUUCUGGGCAAUCAAGAAAGAUGAAGCUGAAUUCGAAGGAUCUCAGCUUUGUGGGUUAUACAUACAAAAACUUCGAUGCUGUGAAAGGAUUAAAGCAUGCAGAUAUGCAAAGGAGCUCAUCCUUGACCAGGCCCUCCCUUGGUUCCAUAUUUGGUGAGGCGCCUAGAGAGCCAAACGGGAAGGACACACACAUGCAUACAGAUUCUUCUGAGGAUCCGAUGAGUCCAUAACCUUUGUGGUUCUGUUUGUUCCUGCGGAAUUUCUGAACUAAAUUAGCAUGCAAACGACUCAAUGAGGCUCCAUCCGGAUGACCUGCUUGUUUUUAGCCAGGUUUCUGCCCUGUUAAAUCGUUAGCGAGCAUUUUGUAGAAAUCCAACAAAGUGUCUAGCUGUAAAUUAGUAUGCUAAGGACUUGACAAAUAGCCCAUGUACUGGGAGGCUCAUCGUGUUUGUUGUAGCGUGUUCCGACCAAGUGGAGAUGCGCAUGUUUGGGAGUACUUGCACCUUGGGGCUGGCUGCCCAGGUUGGCAGAACAAAUUGCUGCCUUCUCUUGUGGCAGUUCCUGGUCCGCUGAUAUUUGAUCAUGGAAACAAAAUAAGGUGGUUACUGCGGCAGGCUAAGCAUUAUUGUUGGUGUUUGACACAUAUGUACCAGAAGAUUUCCAUUCAGGGGCUUGACCCUUCGUCUAUGGUCUCCCCUUACAAAAAUGCCUAAUUUUGUUUAAUGUACUAUUCGCCUGUUACCCCUCAUGCUGUAUUGAACCUUGCACUGUUUUGGUGGAAAUGCCCUGCUUUUCUCUUCGCUGUA